AUGAGUGUAGUGAAGGAGCUAAUAGAAGCCGGAUCUGAUAUUAAUCAGAAAGGUAAGUUUCAUACACCACUGACAGCAGCAUGUGAGGGUGGACAUAUGAGUGUGGUGAAGGAGCUAAUAGAAGCGGGAGCUGAUAUCAAUCAACGAGCAACAUGUGGGUGUGGGAAUGUGAGUAUUGUAAAGGAGCUACUAGAAAAGGGGGCAGAUAUUAAUCAACAGGGUGGGUAUGAUACACCACUGACAGCAGCAUGUAAGUUUGGACAUACGAGUGUAGUGAAAGAGUUAAUAAAAGGUGGAGCAGAUAUCAAUCAACAAGGUCCUAUAGAAGCUGGAGCUGUUAUCGGCCAUCAAGAAAACUUUAAUACACCACUGACAGCAGCAUGUGAGGGUGGACAUAUUAGUGUUGUGAAAGAGCUGAUAGAAGCAGGAGCUGAUAUCAAUCAACAAGUGAAGAAGCUUAUCGAAGAAGGAGUUGAUAUUAAUCUGCAAGGUGAGUUUUAUACACAACUGACAGCAGCAUAUGAGGGUAGGCAUAUUAGUGUAGUGAAAGAGCUGAUAGAAGCAGGAUCUGAUAUCAAUCAGCAGGGUGAGAAUGAUACACCUCUGAUAGCUGCAUGUGAGGGUGGGCAUAUUAUUGUUGUGAAAGAGCUGAUAGAAGCAGGAGCUGAUAUCAAUCAACAAGGUAAAAAUGAUACACCAUUGAUAGCAGCAUGUAAGGGUGGGCAUAUUAGUGUAGUUAAGAAGCUUAUAGAAGAAGGAGCUGAUAUCAAUCAGCAAGGUGUGUUUGAUACACCACUGACAGCAGCAUGUGAUGGUGGCCAUAUAAAAGUAGUGAAAGAGCUGAUAGAAGCAGGAUCUGAUAUCAAUCAGCAGGGUGAGAAUGAUACACCUCUGAUAGCUGCAUGUGAGGGUGGGCAUAUGAGUGUAGUGAAAGAGCUGAUAGAAGCAGGAGCUGAUAUCAAUCAACAAGAUUAUAUUGAUACAUCAUUGAUAGUAGCAUGUAAAAUUGGAGAUGUGAGUGUAGUGAAGGUGCUCAUUGAAGUCGGAGCGAAUAUCAAUCAGCAAAAUUGGUGUAAUACACCACUGACAGCAGCAUGUCAGGGUGGACAUAUUAGUGUAUUGAAGGAGCUUAUAGAAGCCGGAGCUGAUAUCAAUCAGGACGCAGCAUGUAGGAUAGGGCAUAUAAUCGUAGUGAAGGAGCUCAUAGAAGCCGGAGCUGAUAUCAAUGCACAAGGUGAGGAUGAUUCACCACUGAUAGCAGCGUGUGAGGGUGGAUAUAUGAGUGUAGUGAAGGUGCUUAUAGAAGCUGGAGCAGAUGUCAAUCAACAAGGUGAGUUUGAUACACCACUGACAGUAGCAUGUGGAGGUGGACAUAUGAGUGUAGUGAAGGUGCUUAUAGAAGCCGGAGCUGAUGUCAAUCAACAAGGUGAGUUUGAUACACCACUGACAGCAGCAUGUGGAGGUGGACAUAUGAGUGUAGUGAAGGUGCUUAUAGAAGCCGGAGCUGAUGUCAAUCAACAAGGAGUAAUUAAUAAACCACUGACAGCAGCAUAUGAAGGUGGACAUAAAAGUGUAAUGAAGGAGCUACUUAACGCAGGUGCUGAUACCAAUCAAAAAGGUAAGUUUGAUACACCAGUGACAGCAACAUGUAAGGAAGGAUUUUUGAGUGUCGUGAACGAGCUUCUUGGGACAGGAGCUGGUCUUAAUGAACAUAGUACACCACUGACAGCAUCAUGUCGGGUGGACAUAUGA